GGGUAUAAGAACCUGUGAUUAUUUUCAACAGAACGUGCAAGACACGUAGCCGCUGAACAAGGCGAUACUAUGCCACUAUCCGAUUCCGAAUUCCCGACCGUCGACCAGUGUACUGGUGCUGCACUGCGUGUCUAACUAGACGUAUCACCGAAACAGUUGAUUUUGUCCCCUUGGCCUCUGACGCCAUGGAGUAAAUGGACUACAUAGUAUCCUGGAACAUCGCCCUUUCCGCUCAUUGCCGCUCAGUUUACCGAACAUCAAACCGUUAACGUUCCUGUCAAUCUCAAGUCUCAACACCCCUUCCUCUCAUUAUAUCGUCUUUCUAAUGUAUAUUACUGACUUGGAAGCGCAGCAGGUGUCGGUGUACCUGUACAUCCUUUUCGCAUCAAUCAGUACUACGACUUUUUAUCUUGAUUCUCAAGAUGAUAACUGAAUACUUUAGGUCUCCUUAUAUACGACCACAUGGCAACCCUCCCAGAAGAAAUCAUGUU